AUGGCGCAUGCCGUGUCAUCAGAGGCAUCUGGCUCGUCGUGUACGCAUUUUCAAUGGGCUGAAGAUCCAGCUCAUGCGCUCGUGUGUUGUGUGCGUCACGCGCUGGAGCUGACGCCUGUAUCUGCUUCGACAUCAGAGGGAUUUGUGCUGCGAUUUUAUCGGCACGGCCGCUGGCCCUGUAUGUUUGUGGAUGUCGUAGCCACAGUUGUGGGCGUACAGCUGCGCCAUCAUUACGUGGAAUACUCUAUUGAUGAUGGGUCGGGAGUCAUUGACGUGAUGUGUCGUGGUCAUAUUUCACUAUCUGUGGCGGAGUGGUCGCACGAGUCCGGCAUCGAUGCUUGUUAUUUGCCUCCCGAGCCAACGUUGCUCCAUGAUGAACAGCACUUUGCACUUGGUGACGUAGUACAUGUCCGUGGUCGCGUAUACGAGCGGGAAGACCGGCCGCGUGCUCUCCAAGCUGUGGCGAUCAGUCGCGCUGCCGACGUCAAUGACGAGGCCAGACAUGUCCUCGAAGCACUGCAUGUCGUGCACGUGUACAAAAGCAAUGUGCCGCCUUGCGAUGCGACGUGGAUGCAACCUGCGUCAUCGAUGCCACCACCACCGACCUUGCCGCCUCGGAAAGUGAUACCCAGUGUACCUUCACCGUUCAAAUCACACUCACGCCGUGCGUUCACAUACUAUGUGUGGAUGUACAUGAAUGCCGCUACGGAGCACGCUCUAGAGCAUACGAGUGGGCUUGACGUGCACAACGUUCCGGCGUUUUCAGUCGUGACGUUGGCUAGGAACAUGGCUCACCGAGCCGAAGAAGUGGUUCGAGAAAAGCUGCGCAAAAGGGCCACACAGGAUAUGGCACCAGACAUACUUCGUACGCAUGUCUAUGGGCUCGUGAACAGCGCAUUGCAGUCACUAGUGCGUCUUGGACGCGUCAUACAGAGUGGGGCCAUGUAUCAAGUCGCACAUCCGCAUUUACUGGCGUGCUAUCUCAUGAUUGUCCUGCGCCUGUCUGACGCGACGGGUCGACGGGCAACGAUACCCCGCAUCCACAUGCGCAUCACAUCUGUCCGACAUCGGCUGCAGCGCUACCAUGACCGCUUUGCUCACGUAUCUCUGGCCUCGAUCGAGGCUGCCCUACGUGUACUGUAUGUAUACGGCAAAGUCCAUGCCAUUGAAGACCAUAUCGUCACUAUAGACACGCCAACAUCGACGAGCUAA